AUGGACGAAGGCCCCAAAGGCAAGGCUAAGGAUAAAAUGGGAGGAGGAGGGAGCGAGGUGAAGCACAGGGGAGUGAGGCGGAGGCCAUGGGGCAAGUACGCGGCAGAGAUCCGCGACUCGACGAGGUACGGGGCCCGCGUCUGGCUCGGCACCUUCAACACCGCGGAGGAGGCUGCGAGGGCGUACGACCGGGCUGCCCACUCAAUGAGGGGCACGCUCGCCAUUCUCAAUUUCCCCGGCAAGUAUACCUCGGCCAUCGCCAGUGAUUCUUCAGCUGCGACGUUGUCGACCACGUUCUCGGGAUCGGCACCAUCCACUGCCCUCGGCAGCGGUGGCAGGGAUAGGCUGGAGCAAGGGAGGGAAGUCUUUGAGAUCGAGUGCCUAGGCGACGAGGUGUUGGAAGCUCUGCUCGAUUUCUCCGACAAAUCGAAAGAUAAGUGA